AUGUCAACACGGAAGCUCCAAGUAGGCGUCGCCGGCCUCGGACGCAUGGGUAAGCGUCACGCCCUCAACUUCCACCAAAACGUCCCCCGCGCAACCCUCGCCGCCGUCUCCUCCCCAGACGAAGCAGAGCGCCAAUGGGCCGCCGAGAACCUCGCGCCGCACGGCGUCGCGGUUUACGAGUCGUACGACGACAUGGUCGCGCACAAGGGCCUUGAGGCGGUCUGCGUCGCGUCUGCCACGGCGGUACACGCCGAGCAGGCCAUCAAGGCCAUUGAGGCGGGGAAGCAUGUGCUUUGCGAGAAGCCUCUCGGCACAACAGUUGAAGUUAAAGAAUCUCAGUCUCAAACAGUAGUCGAUGCGGCCGCGCAACGUCCCGAUCUCAAGGUCAUGUGCGGCUUCUCUCGCCGCUUCGACGCUUCCUACCGCGACGCCUACAACAAGAUGCAACAAGGCCUCAUCGGUCGGCCCGCCGUCCUUCGGAGCCAGACAUGCGACGUGCUCGACCCGACGGGGUUCUUCGUUGCGUACGCGCAGUUCUCAGGCGGCAUCUUUGUAGACUGCAGCAUUCACGACAUCGACCUCGCACUAUGGUUCUUCGAUGAAGAAAAGUCAAAGGUGAAGUCGGUACACGCGAUCGGUAUCACCGCCGUGGAACCUGAUCUGCGCAAGCACAACGACCGCGACAACGCCGUGGGCACCGUUGAGUUUUACGACGGACGCAUCGCGUACCUGUAUGCCUCGCGCAUGAUGGCUGCUGGCCAGGAGGAUUCGACCGAGAUUAUCGGCACCAAGGGCAAGCUGACAGUGAACAUCCUGCCGGCGGAGAACCACGUGCGGAUUUACCAGCCCGGAGGCAUCAGACAGGAGCUGCCCCAGAACUACUGGGGUCGGUUCAAGGCGGCUUUUACAACUGAGGCUAUUGAGUUCACCGAAAGCGUGUUGGAGGAUAAGCCGGUCCCAGUCAAGCUGACUUCCGCCGUUGCGGCCGUCAAGAUUGGUGCGGCACUGCAGGAGUCCAUGAUUAGCAGCAAGAAGAUUUGGUUCGACGAGAGUGGCAACCGAACAGAUAGAGCUCAGUUGUAG